UUCCGCAUUGCUUGUGUACGUCUGGUCAGGCAGGCGGCCAUACAGCAUUUAAUAUGGAGCAUUCAUCAGCAUCAGACUCAGAAACUGAAGAUCAUGUCCAGCCUUUACUUCGCCGGAAAAACAGCAGCGACAUUCAGAAAGCUCCUGCCUGUUGCUCCUCACGCUAUGGACUGGCUUUGUUGUCUUGUUAUGGCUUUUUUGUGGCAUAUGCUCUCAGGGUGAACCUCAGCGUGGCAAUGGUUGACAUGCUGAAAAACAGCUCCAGACCCAACUCCAGUUCAUCUGUCUGUCCUCGACACAGCAGCCCUGUACCCAAACACAAUCACACUGCUCGGGUUUAUGACUGGGAUUCAGAGACUCAGGGCUGGAUCUUGAGCUCUUUUUUCUAUGGCUAUAUCCUUACUCAGGUACCAGGUGGUUACUUGGCACGCAAAUAUGGUACCAAGUGGAUUUUGGGUAUUGGCAUUCUUUGCACUGUGAUCUUCACUCUUUUGACUCCACUGGCUGCUGAUCUUGGAGCUGGUUACCUCAUUGCCGUCAGGGUGUUGGAGGGUAUUGGGGAGGGAGUAUCGUAUCCUGCCAUGCAUGCAAUGUGGGCAUUGUGGGCACCACCUCUGGAGAGAAGUCGUCUGCUCACUAUCUCUUAUGCAGGUGCUCAGUUGGGAACUGUAGUGGCCCUUCCCCUGUCUGGCCAGAUAUGCUUUUACCUAGACUGGACAUAUGUCUUUUAUAUAUUUGGUGCUGUUGGUCUCCUCUGGUUUGUUCUCUGGGCUUGCUUUGUCAGUAACAGUCCCAACUCGCACAAAAGAAUAACAGAAACCGAAAGGCUCUAUAUAACGUCAUCUUUGAAAAAUGAACUGUCCCCAACAACAGACUAUAUCCCAUGGACAUCAAUCCUCAAGUCCUUGCCCUUAUGGGCCAUAGUUGUUGCGCACUUCUCUUACAACUGGACAUUUUACACACUGUUGACACUCUUACCCACAUACAUGAAUGAUGUUCUGGGAUUCAGUAUCCAGCAGAAUGGAAUGCUGUCUGCUCUACCCUACAUUGGAUGUUGGUGUGCGACUCUGCUGGGUGGACAGCUGGCAGACUUCCUGAGAGAGAGAUGUCUCAUCCGCACUGUAAUUGUGCGUAAAGCUUUCACUCUAGUGGGAAUGAUGGGACCAGCUGUGUUUCUAGUAGCUGCUGGUUAUACCAACUGUGACUACUUCUUGGCUAUUGCUUUCCUCACCAUCUCUUCAUCUCUUGGGGGCAUGUCAGCCUCUGGAUUUAACAUCAAUCAUUUGGACAUUGCUCCCUCCUAUGCUGGAAUAUUGCUUGGGAUCACAAAUUCAUUUGCCACUAUACCCGGCAUGGUGGGACCAGUAAUAGCAGGAUUUCUGACCAAAUCUAGCACCAAUGCAGAGUGGCGAAUUGUCUUCUACAUCUCAGCGGGAAUCAAUAUGUUUGGAGCCAUUUUCUUUACGCUAUUUGGGGAAGGCACAGUCCAGCCUUGGGCUGUCCAGAGAAUACACUGCCGAUAAAAUAUGUUCACAGUAAGCCGUUCCAGAAGGCCAAAGGGACACCACACGGUUUACACAUUGAUUGAUAUUGCACAAUCGUUUUUUUAUUAUUAUUCAUUUUAUAAAUAUUCAAUACAAGACACAAUGACAUGAGAGAUUUUGGUAAUAUCUGAAUUGUCGAUUUCUUAUUUGCCAUCUUGUUUAUGACAUGGUUUUUGAUUAUAAUUUUUUUAACUUGAAUGACUAAAAUGAGAUUUAUGUGAAGGAAAAAAUCUCUUGUUCUCAUGCCUUAUUGUAUAAUUUGCACAUACCUUGUGUUAACCAGGUGCACAAUCAACAACUUCUUAUAAGGGAUAUUUUUAUAUUUUCUAAAUGGUCUUGUUGCUUGAUUUUAGCCAUGAUUUCUGUUUACGUUUUUUUGGUGGGAAGUAUUUGUGUAAAUACUGUAACUUGUGUUAUACAUGGAUUGUGAGCUACAUUAAAUGCUUCAUUACCCGUUAAAAGUGUAUAUCAAAUAAAAUAAUUUCACCCGUUUAAUCGUUGUUAAUUUUG